CUAGCUCAACCAACAUCGUUAAGUUUUGUUAUCGCUUUUCGUGAGUAUCCAACCCCAAUACCUCAAGGACUUGUAUUUCAGGCUAGUAUAUGGCAUCAGCCCUAGAGUUAAGAGAAUUAGUAGAGUUGCUGAAAUCAGAUAAUCCAAGAAUAAUUCAGCCAGCAUGUGAAUAUUUUUGUGGUUUAUCAGGCACUGUUGACGGUUUAAAUUUUAUUUUAUCCCAGGAAUCUAUUUUCAAACAACUUAUGAAUUUUUGCUCUCAUGAAAACGAGCAAGUUUUGUUACUGGCACUGAAAACUAUAACGAACUGCUCACAAAACGAGAACGGGACCUAUUUUUUCAUAGCUUGUGACAAGGAACACUUUUGCACUAAAUCCUUACUUGAUUCAGUUCACACGCGCAGUGAAAUAGUUUCAUUAGCUUCAAUACAACUUAUUGAAAAUCUAACUAGAAUUGAUUCCGGUGCUCGACAUGUUUUUAUUUUCAUCCAAGAAAAUAAUUUAUUCGAAAAUCUUUUUCGAUUACUUCUGUCGAACCAACCUUGUUAUCAUGACCUGAGUCUAGUUUUUGGAAACAUUUGUCAAGUACCUGCAGCUCGAAAAUUGUUUUUACAGAAAGAUGGAGAGAUUUUCAAUAAAGUGUUAGCCUUUUUAUCACAUGAAAAUUCGUCCUGUCGCUUAGGUGCUGCCAAUUGCGUGAAGAAUUGUUGUUUUGAAACUGCAGAUCAUGAAUGGAUUAUAAAAGAUGAUUCAGUGAUCGGAGCAAUGUUAUUGCCGCUAGCUGGUCCAGAGGAGUUGACAGAAGAAGAAAACGACUGCCUCCCCAUUGACCUGCAGUAUCUGCCGAGUGAGAAGAAGCGCGAAACUAUCAAUGACGUCAUCAUCACUCUUGUUCAGGCACUGCACAAACUGUGUUCCACUCAGAAGGGAAGAGAUGCAAUGAGGAAGUGGAAUGUUUAUGUCAUUCUGCGGGAGUUGGAUAAAGCCACUAUUGAGGUGGAUGGGAAUGAGAGGGUGACGUUUGAGGUGCACAAUGUGAUCCAGGUGUUGAUUGGGGAUGACGUGGAAGAGUGUGAUGACUACAAUGCACUGCAAGUGCCCCCUGAAGUGCAGCAGAAGUUGCAGCAACUCACAGACGCAGAAGUAGAAGUGGCCCAUAGUUGAACUAUUUGUUCACUACAAUCUUUCUUUGUGGUGUUUAUAAAACAGCAGUAUCACUCUUUUAGUGCCCAAGUGUUUACUAAAUUUGUAGCUAUAAACAUUGAGUAUUACUUAUUUUAUUUCUUAACUAACUCAAAACGCGACGAGAUUAUCAUAGACUUAAGUUUAUCUUGAGGCCGAAGUUUUUUUAAGUAAAGACAA